AUGGCAGACAAGACCAUUAUCGCUGGUAAUAUAGUGACUCUUCUUCAAGAAGGUUGUACUCAAUGUUAUGUGUCGGAACGGUUUGGUGUCAGUCGUUCCACUGUUCAGAGGACCUGGACUCGGUUUCAAGAAACCGAUUCUUUGAAAAAAAGACCGGGAUCAGAAAGAAAACGAUGUACUGAGCCCAGAGACGAUCGAUAUAUUAUACCUACAGCAGAAGGGACUCAGCCUCCAGGUACCUCAGAGGAUGUACCAGCCAGCCCCAGUAUAGCUUCACCUCUGCCACAUUCCUCGGCUCCUUAUCCCGAUAUUAUAUCUCCAGAACCUCCAAUGGAUGUGGAAUGGCUUGAA